GCAGCACAACCGCCUGCACUCCGGCGAGAGGCCCUUCACCUGCUCCGACUGUGGCAAGAGUUUCAAGACGGAGAAUCACCUGAAGGUGCACCAGUAGGUGCACACGAGCAAGGAGCCCUAUUGCUGCUCCACCUGCGGCAAGAGCUUUACCCGGGUGUAUGGGCUGCGGGAUCACUAGCGAGUGCACAGCGAUGAGCGGCCGUUCACCUGCUCCGACUGCGGAAAAGGCUUCAAGUCGUCGCCGGACCUGAAGCAGCACAGGCGCAUGCACACUGGGGAGCGGCCCUACACUUGCAAUGACUGCGGUAAGGGCUUCACCCAGUUCAGAAACCUGCGGGUGCAUCAACGCACCCACACCGGCGAGCGUCCCUACACCUGCACCCACUGUGGUAAGGGCUUCACCCACUCCACCAGCCUGCUGAACCACCAGCGCACCCACACUGGCGAGCGUCCCUACACCUGCGCCCAGUGCAGCAAGUGCUUCACUAAGUCUAGUCACCUGCUGAUGCACCAGCGCACCCACACCGGCGAGCGCCCCUAUACCUUCGGCCAGUGCGACAAAGGCUUCACCCGUUCCUCGCAUCUGCUGAACCAGCAGCACACCCACACCGGUGAGCGCCCCUACAUAUGCGCCCAGUGCGGCAAGGGCUUCGCCCAGUCCUGUCACCUGCUGGUGCACCAGCGCACCCACACUUACGAGUGCCCCUUCACCUGCGCCCAGUGUGGCAAGGGCUUCACCCAAUCCUAUCAGCUGCCGAUGCACCAGCGCAUCCAUGCCGGCGAGCGCCCCUACACCUGCGCCCAGUGUGGCAAGGGCUUCAUCUGCUCCACCUAGCUGCUGUCCCACCAGCGGGUGCACGCCGGCAACCGCCCUGUCCCCAACCCGGUGUGUGGAGAACGCUUUGCCGUGGCCUCCCACGCCCUGUCACAUCACCGCGUGCACACCAGUGGCCAGCCCUACGACUGCCCGUACUGUGGUGAGGCGUUUGAGAGCUUGCGGGGGUUGCGGCAG